AUGAGGGAUCGUUUCCUCAAUGACUGUGAUGAAGAACCGGCACCCUCUAAUGACAUAGAGCAAUCGCUCUCAAGUGAUGGUGAAGUGUCGUACAAUACCCAACAAUCAGAGGGAGAAUAUUGCGACGACUAUCAUCUCUUGCAUUCCUAUGAAAGAAAUGCUGCCAGUGACGUAAUGACUGAUGCAAAUGGAUGCAAUGCUCAGAAAGUUCAAGAAUUCACGUGUCCUUACAAUAAAUGUAGCCAGCUAAACCAAUCACUUGCAAGUUUAAAAGCAGAGCUUGCAGAACUUUUCAGGAGAAAAGAUGGACUACUCAGAAGAAUAAUAGAAGCAAAAAAAGUGCAGAAUGAGAAACUGAGCUUCUACUCAAAGAUGGUGGACGUAAGUUUUUGUAAUUUAUUCAGAUCAGAUCGACCUUACUUUCCUUGAAUAUAAUUUUCUUGUUUAUCAUAGUAUAUCAAUAUAAUAAAGAUCGUUUUCAUGUAUUUGAUGACAAAAACUCACUUCAGCUAGCCAAUAAAUAU